CAGCAAGAUGAUUCCUAAUGGCUAUUUGAUGUUUGAAGAUGAAAACUUCAUUGAAUCAUCUGUUGCCAAGCUAAAUGCUUUGCGCAAAAGUGGCCAGUUCUGUGAUGUUAGACUCCAGGUAUGUGGACAUGAGAUGUUGGCACACAGAGCAGUACUAGCUUGCUGCAGUCCUUAUCUGUUUGAAAUCUUCAAUAAUGACAGCGACACUCACGGAGCUUCCCAUGUGAAGUUUGAUGAUCUUAAUCCAGAAGCUGUUGAAGUUGUGUUAAAUUAUGCCUAUACAGCUCAAUUGAAAGCUGACAAAGAACUGGUGAAAGAUGUAUACUCUGCAGCAAAGAAGCUGAAGAUGGAGAGAGUCAAGCAGGUUUGUGGAGAUUAUUUGCUCUCCAAAAUGAAUGUUGAAAGCUGCAUCUCGUAUCGAAACUUUGCAAGCAACAUGGGUGAUUCACGCUUACUGAACAAAAUUGAUGGUUACAUUCAGGAGCAUUUGUUACCUAUCUCUGAACAAGAAGAAUUUCUGAAACUGCCACGCUUAAAGCUGGAGGUCAUGCUUGAAGACAACGUUAGCUUGCCUAGCAAUGGCAAACUAUACACAAAGGUAAUCAACUGGGUGCAGCGCAGCAUUUGGGAGAAUGGAGACAGUCUAGAAGAUCUUAUGGAAGAGGUUCAAACGCUGUACUACUCAGCUGAUCACAAGCUGCUUGAUGGAAAUCUACUAGAUGGACAGGCUGAGGUGUAUGGCAGUGAUGAUGACCACAUUCAGUUUGUGCAGAAAAAACCACCACGUGAGAAUGAUCUCAAGCAGAUAAGUAGCAGUUCUUCUGGAAGUCUUUCUCCAAAUGCUGCUCUGCAGAGUCCUAAACACGAGUGGAAAAUUGUUGCUUCAGAGAAGACCUCAAAUAACACCUACCUGUGUCUUGCUGUUCUGGAUGGUGUGUUCUGUGUGAUUUUCCUUCAUGGGCGUAACAGUCCCCAGAGUUCUCCAACCAGCACUCCACGAUUGCUGAAAAGUUUGAGUUUUGAGAUUCAACCAGGUGACCUUGUAGAAAAGUCCAUGUGUCCUAUGCAGUAUGCUCGAUCUGGGCUGGGGACAGCAGAACUGAACAGAAAGCUCAUAGCUGCAGGAGGCUAUAACAGGGAAGAAUGUCUGCGCACGGUGGAAUGCUAUGAUCCCCAAAAGGAUUGCUGGACUUUCAUUGCACCAAUGAGGACACCAAGAGCUCGGUUCCAGAUGGCAGUUCUAAUGGGCCAGCUGUAUGUUGUUGGUGGGUCAAAUGGCCAUUCAGAUGACUUGAGCUGUGGAGAAAUGUAUGAUCCAGAAAUAGAUGAUUGGACUCCCAUUCCUGAACUGAGAACCAACCGUUGCAAUGCAGGAGUAUGUGCUUUGAAUGGAAAGCUGUAUAUUGUUGGUGGCUCGGAUCCUUAUGGUCAGAAGGGAUUGAAAAGCUGUGAUGUCUUUGAUCCAGUAACAAAAUCAUGGACAGGCUGUGCUUCACUUAACAUUCGUAGACAUCAGUCUGCUGUAAGCGAACUUGGUGGAUAUUUAUACAUCAUUGGGGGAGCGGAGUCUUGGAACUGCCUCAGUAGUGUGGAGCGCUACAAUCCAGAAAAUAAUACCUGGACUGUAGUAGCAUCUAUGAAUGUGGCUAGGCGUGGCGCAGGAGUUGCUGUACUUGAUGGAAAACUUUUUGUUGGUGGUGGCUUUGAUGGUUCGCGUGCAGUCAGCUGUGUGGAGAUGUAUGACCCUGCCAAGAACGAGUGGAAGAUGAUGGGCAGUAUGACCAUUCCCAGAAGCAAUGCAGGUUUCGCAAGUGUGGCCAACACUAUCUAUGCAGUGGGCGGAUUUGAUGGCAAUGAGUUUCUGAACACAGUUGAAGUCUACAAUCCAGAGACAAAUGAAUGGAGCCCAUACACAAAGAUUUACACAUUCUGACUAACAUAAGUCUCCUUAAAACUAACAGGCUUAGUGAUGUAAUUGUUUUAGUAGAGGUACACGUGUGAAUAGGGGUGGGGAGGGUUUAAAACGUUGCCGCUAGCAACACAAAGCUUUUGCAUACUAUUAACAUGCUGUACAUACUUUUGUUUAGAAUACAUAAUUGGUGUUUUGUGUAUUAGAAUUUGUUACUUUUGUCUCUGGAAGUUGGUAAUCCUGAUAAUUAAAAGUGAUGACAUAGAGUUUCAAGAGCUUCCCCCAAUGUCUGUUUUGCCAAUUUGCACAC